AUGGCACUAACAUGUUCAAUAGUGUGUGCAGAAGGCCCGUUGGACGGUGGAAAAGAGCCGGACACCGAUGCCAGUGACGAUCAGUCGAAACCAAAAGAACCGCGAGGAGAAGGUCGCAGUGGGGAGGGCAACAGCAUUCCAGGUUCAGCAGGCCGAUCAGAGGGUGGCAUGGAUACGAAUGAUGAUGACGCAAUCAAACCAACUAAAGAAGACGACAAGCAGUCGGGUGAUGACGCAAUCAAACCAACUAAAGAAGACGACAAGAAUCAGGGUGAUGACGCAAUCAAACCCACUAAAGAAGACGACAAGAAGCCGGGUGAUGACGCAAUCAAGCCAACUAAAGAAGACGACAAAAAGCCGGGUGAUGACGCAAUCAAACCAACUAAAGAAGAUGACAAGAAGCCGGGUGAUGACGCAAUCAAACCAACUAAAGAAGACGACAAGCAGCCGGGUGAUGACGCAAUCAAGCCAACUAAAGAAGACGACAAAAAGCCGGGUGAUGACGCAAUCAAACCAACUAAAGAAGACGACAAGAAGCCGGGUGAUGACGCAAUCAAACCAACUAAAGAAGACGACAAGCAGCCGGGUGAUGACGCAAUCAAACCAACUAAAGAAGACGACAAGAACCCGGAUGAUGAUUCAAUCAAGCCAACUAAAGAAGACGACAAGAAGCCGGGUGAUGACGCGAUCAAGCCAACUAAAGAAGACGACAAAAAGCCGGGUGAUGACGCAAUCAAACCAACUAAAGAAGACGACAAGAAGCCGGGUGAUGACGCAAUCAAACCAACUAAAGAAGACGACAAGAAACCGGGUGAUGACGCAAUCAAACCAACUAAAGAAGACGACAAGAAACCGGGUGAUGACGCAAUCAAACCAACUAAAGAAGACGAUAAGAAGCCGGGUGAUGACGCAAUCAAACCAACUAAAGAAGACGACAAGAAGCCGGGUGACGACGCAAUCAAACCAACUAAAGAAGGACGAAAAGAAGCCGGGUGA